UCUGAGGGCGCGCCCGCCGAGGGCCCAGGAGGAGCCGGGCUGGCGGCAGGAGCGCUGCGGCCGCCGGCCUGCCUGCCAGGGGGGCGCCCGUCCCGUCGGCUCCCCGGCCGGCCUCUGCUGCCCGGCGCCCAGCCAUGACUCUGGGCGCGGGGAUGUGCGAGGCCGCCUCCGCGCUGGCCGACGACCCGGACAUCGACGUGGUGGGCGAGGGCGAGGAGGCGGCGGCCGACGAGGAGGAGGAGGAGGAAGAAGAAGAGGAGGGCGACGGGGAGGACGACGGGGAGGACGAGGACACCCGCAGCAGCCGCCGCCACCGCUUCCCCGAGGAGGACGAGGACGACGAGGACGAGGAGGCUGCCGGGCGCUCCCCCGGUCCGGUCUUGGGGGGUUCGGGUUCGCCGUGUUCGUCGCCGGGCUCGUCGGCCUCUUCCCCUCGGCCCCGGCCGGCGGCGGGGUCCUCCUCCUCUUCCUCUUCUUCAUCGUCGCCGUCGUGCCGGGCGGGGUCGGGGCUGCGGGGCGGCAAGAGCAGCCUGGUGAAGCCGCCCUACUCGUACAUCGCGCUGAUCACCAUGGCCAUCCUGCAGAGCGCCAAGAAGCGGCUGACGCUGAGCGAGAUCUGCGAGUUCAUCAGCGGCCGCUUCCCCUACUACCGGGAGAAGUUCCCCGCCUGGCAGAACUCCAUCCGCCACAACCUCUCGCUCAACGACUGCUUCGUCAAGAUCCCCCGCGAGCCGGGCAACCCGGGCAAGGGCAACUACUGGACCCUGGACCCCCAGGCCGCCGACAUGUUCGACAACGGCUCCUUCCUCCGCCGCAGGAAGCGCUUCAAGCGGCAGCCCCUCCCGCCCCCCCACGACCACCUCCUCCUCCGCCGCGGCGCCGGCGGCCUCGAACCCGCAGCCUUCCUGUCCGCCGCCGGCCCGCCGCCGCCCCCGCCGCCCGCCGCCUAUGCCUACGCGCCCUACGGAUGCGCCCCCGCCGCCGCCACCUACGGCCUCCCGCUGCAGCCCUUCGCGCCCGCCGCGCCUCUCUUCGCCUUCCAGCAGCCGCCGCCGCCGCCGCAGCCCCCGGCCAGGCGCACCCCCGGAGGCCCGCUCCUGCCCGCCCCGCCGGACCUCGGCCGGACUGCCCCCCGCUUCGCCUACCCGGCCGACCCGGCGCCGCUGGCCGCCUCCUUGCACCCCACCGCCGUCGCCAAGAGCAGCGCCCCGGCCUCGGCCCUGGCCCGCUCGCCCUUCUCCAUCGAGAGCCUCAUCGGGCGCAGCCUCAGCCCCGCCGCCGCCGCCGGCCCCGGCAGCAGCUGCGCCUCCCCGUCGGCCGUCCUGCCGGUGCUGGCCCGCUCGCUGGCCGCCGCCCACCCCCGGGGGACUCUGCGCCCGGCGGCCCCGGCAGACCUCCUGGCCGCCCGCGUCCCCAACUGCUGAGCCAGCCGCCGCCGCCGCCGCCGGGCCAAGGUAGGACCGGGCGCUUCGGGCCCUCCCGCUUCCCCCCGCUCCGCCGCCCCCCUCUCGGCCCCGGGAGCGGGGCAGGCAGGCGGGCGGGGGCUCUCUGGCUCCCCAGCCUUCCGU